AUGGAAAAUCCGGGCAAUACGGACGAACACACGCCAGAGCAGAGUAUGGCAAACAAUUGUGUCAACUGCGAUCGUCCAGACACGGUAGAUGACAUGGUCCAAUGCGACGAGUGUGGAAAUUGGUGGCACAUGUCGUGUGCCGGAGUGACAAAAUCUGUUUCGGAACGUCAUUGGAGUUGCCGAAAUUUCAUGCCCCACAGCAUUUCCUCCCGUACCACUACUUCCAGCGUAAGAGCGUCUCGAGCUCAACUGAAGCUCCAGCAGUUGGAAGAAAAACAAGCUCUCGAGAAACGUCAUCUUGACGAAAAACACAAGUUGAUGCAAGAGGAGCUGAACGAGUUGGAUGAUGCGGUUAGCAACAGAAGCAGAAUUAGUAGGAUGAGUCUCAACAUGGUUCAGCAGUGGCAGAAGGAAUGCGCCGAGCAGUCUGAAGGAGCAUGUGCACUCCCGAUAGCGGUGGACCCUGUAGCGGUCUCACUGAUUCCGCAGGACAAAUCACGUGACAAUGAAACCAUUACAGAAAGGGAUCCUGUGCGAGCAAACCAGCCGCUCGAUUCCACUUUACGGGACCGCAACGUGAUCCAACAGGAACAGCAGCGGCAGGUCAGCGCGUUCUCCACGACUGCAAACUUCAAUUUGAACCAGCAUCAGGAAAUCAGUGGGAUUCCUAAAACCGUUCCGAAACAGCGAGAGGUAACCGAUGUAAGAGGUAAUUUCGAUCACCAAAUUCCCCCCGUAGCACAACAAGGUAAGCCACUCUAUAACGUAAGAGACAGCCGAUAUUUGCCACCAAAUGAUAAUAGCUCCUUCCAACAUAUCAUAAAGCAGUUUGGAAACAUGGAACCAACCACUACGACUUCUUCUUUCGGUAUGAACAUGUAUCCUCCCGAGUUAGCCGCGCGACAAGUAAUGCCCCGCGAUUUGCCAACGUUUUCUGGCGAUCCCGCGGAUUGGCCGAUAUUCAUAAGCAGCUUUAUGAACACUACGCUGGCUUGUGGAUAUAAUUGUGCCGAGAAUCUCGCGCGUCUUCAACGCUGCUUGAGAGGAUCCGCGUAUGAGUCUGUCAAAAGCAGGUUGCUGCUUCCCGAAUCGGUUCCACAAGUGAUUGAUACACUUCGAUUGUUGUAUGGGCGGCCGGAGUUACUAAUCAGUGCCUUACUACAAAAUGUACGCAGUGUUCCAGCACCGAAAGCGGAGAAGCUGGAGACUAUCAUCGAUUCCGGCGUGGCCGUGCGCAGUCUGUGUGAUCAUUUGGAGGCGGCCGGACAGCAGGAGCAUCUUUCGAAUCCUACCCUGCUGAUGAAACUGGUGGAGAAACUACCUGCAUACACCAAGAUGCAGUGGGCAAAUUACAUGCAGCACCAUCCGGUGGUUAACCUGAAGACCUUCGGGGACUUUAUGCUUGGAGUCGUCGUUGCAAUUAGCAGAGUUACGAUGUACGCUGGUGGAAAUAGCGGUAGUCAGCAUAAGCAGAAGCAAAGAGCAGUAGUGAACGCCCACAUCGGGGAAACAGAACAGGUUCGUGAGCCACUACACGUAAAUGAAAUUUUGUGCGCUUGCUGCAAGAAGUCGGGACAUCGAGUCGCUGAGUGUUCUACGUUUAGGUCCUACUCCAUAGACAAUCGGUGGAAAUUUGCACAAAAUAACGGACUUUGCAGAAGUUGUUUGAAUGCGCAUGGUCGAAGGUCUUGCAGAAACGCUACACAGUGCGUGAUCGAAAGAUGUCAGUACCUCCAUCACCCACUAUUACAUUCGAAUCGUUCAAACAGUCAACCUUUCCAGCGUUCAUCGACUGCCGAGAACCACACUCAUCGACAAUGUGAUCAGAUACUUUUGUUCCGAAUAAUCCCGGUCACAAUUUGUGGACCUCGAGCCACCAUCGAGACAUUUGCGUUCCUGGACGAUGGGUCAUCUCUAUCGUUGAUUGAACAAGAACUGGUGGAACAGCUAGGCAUGGAUGGAUGGACGAAACCAUUGUGCUUGAAGUGGACGGGGAAUGUGACUAGAAUCGAGCCGGAGUCGAAGCAAGUGCAGAUGACAAUUAAAGGUACGAAUACACGAAAACAGUUCAACCUCAACGACGUCCGUACAGUAAAGGAGCUUACCCUACCGGAACAGAGCCUUCGAUACGACGAACUAUCUCAGCGAUUCCGUCAUCUUCAGGGUCUGCCGAUCGUCAGCUACGAAAAGGCAGUUCCUCGUCUGCUCAUAGGGGUAAAUAACCUUAACCUCACGGUACCGCUGAAGAUAAGAGAAGGCAGAAAAAAUGAGCCUGAUGCAGUUAGAACCAGAUUGGGUUGGUGUAUUUUUGGCGGCAGCCACAAAGAAGUUACACAUUCGUUGAACUAUCAUGCAUGUGAAUGUGCUACUGAUCAGGAUCUACACAAUGUGGUGAGAGAUUACUUCACGAUGGAGGAUGCUGGAGUGAAGCCACUGAUACAGCUGGAAUCCGAAGAGGACAAGCGUGCUAAACGUAUCAUGGAAGAAACAACCCGUCGUGUCGGAAGCAGCUUCGCAACGGGAUUGUUGUGGAGAUAUGACCAUGUUGAGUUUCCAGACAGCUUCAGCAUGGCGGUGAAACGUUUCGAGUGUCUGGAACGAAGGAUGGCUCGAGAUCCCGAGUUGGCGGUCAGCUUGAAGAAGCAGAUAUCUGACUACCAACAGAAAGGCUAUGCCCAUCGUGCGACCGAAGCUGAACUGAAACGAGGAGAUCCAAAGCGGGUCUGGUAUUUGCCGCUGGGUGCAGUGAUGAAUCCACGAAAGCCGGGAAAGGUCCGUUUAAUCUGGGACGCUGCGGCAAAAGUAGAUGGAAUAUCUCUGAAUACGAUGCUGCUUAAGGGUCCCGAUCAGCUCACGUCGUUGCCAGCAGUGUUGUCUCGUUUCCGACAGUACAGAGUUGGAGUUUCUGCAGAUAUUCGAGAGAUGUUCCACCAGAUAUUUAUACGGGAACAGGAUCGCCAUUCGCAACGUUUCUUGUGGAGGAACAACUCAACAGAGCCUCUGAGCAUCUUCUUGAUGGACGUCGCCACCUUCGGUUCUACCAGUUCACCAGCAUCGGCACAGUUUGUGAAAAACAAGAAUGCCGAAGAGUUCGCUGACCGUUUCCCUCGAGCUGUCGAAAGUAUAGUGAAGAAUCACUACGUUGACGACUUUCUCGACAGCUUCGAAAACGAAGAAGAAGCGGUGCGCGUAUCCCAGGAGACCAGCUUUAUCCACCUACAUGGAGGCUUUGAGCUUCGAAACUGGCUGUCGAACAGUGCUGAGUUGUUGAAGGAGAUGAAGGAGGAAGGUCCGAAUGAUAGUAAAAGUUUCUGUUUAAACUCAGCGGAAGGGACUGAUCGAGUGCUGGGAAUGUUGUGGCUGACAGUGAAUGACGAAUUACUAUUCUCCAUGAAAAUGAAGGACGAGAUCCAGCUUGUGAUCGACAAAGGAGAACGCCCAACAAAACGGCAACUUCUGAAAUGCCUGAUGGGAGUCUUCGAUCCACUAGGACUUCUGAGUGUGUUCCUGAUUCACGGCAAGAUUUUGCUCCAAGACGUAUGGCGAGCCGGCUUGUUGUGGGACGAGAAAGUACCGGAAGACAUCUUCGACCGAUGGACCAGGUGGACAGAGUUGUUUCCGAAGAUUGAAGACCUACGGAUCUCACGGUGCUACUUCACCAGAGCGACUGCAGACACCUACAAAGCUCUUCAACUUCACAUCUUCGUCGACGCGAGUGAAGCCGCGUUUUCCGCUGUAGCCUACUUCAGAACGGCCAAAUUUGAGAGUGAAGCUGAGUGCUCGUUGGUUGCUGCAAAAACAAAGGUUGCGCCACUGAAACCGCUCUCGAUUCCGCGUUUGGAGCUGCAAGCAGCGGUCUUGGGGAGCCGUUUAAUGACAACCGUCUUGGAGAGUCACACCGUUGAAGUGAAGCGAUGCGUUCUCUGGAGUGAUUCCGCAACGGUACUGGCCUGGUUACGGGCCGAUCAUCGUCGUUAUAAGCAAUAUGUGGCGUGUCGCGUUGGAGAACUGCUAUCAAUAACUGAGGUUGCACAGUGGCGCUGGGUCCCCAGUAAAUUAAAUCCCGCGGAUGCGGCUACGAAAUGGGGCAAGAAUCCGUGUCCUGGAACUGGUGACGUCUGGUUUAAAGGCCCGGAAUUCCUUCAACAACCCGAGGAGAACUGGCCCAAGCAAACAACAACUUCUAUUCCUCCAGAAGAGGAGCUCCGACCAUGCUACAUAAUACAACAAUCGCUUGUCCCUGAAGCUAUCGUGGAGUUUACCCGCUUCUCCAAAUGGCGUCGUCUCCUGGGAGCAAUAGCGUACGUACACCGCUUCAUUGACAACUGUAGACGCCGAUGUAGAAGAGAAGAGGCAGAAAUGUUGUAUCUAACACAAGACGAAUUGAAGAAAGCGAAGAACACACUGAUGAAGAUGGUGCAGUGGCAAGCAUAUCCGGAAGAGAUGGUCACAUUGUCGAGGGGACAAGCGGAACUAGCGAAGUCAAGUAAUCUGUAUCUGAACUCUCCAACAGUGGAUGAAUACGGGGUGCUACGGAUUGACGGAUGA